AUGGAGAAGGUUGAGCCCACCAUGUCAACCGUCCAGCCCGCCGAUGCCAAAUCGUCCACCGAGGUCGGCCAGGUCAUUGACCUGCCAGGGCCAACGGGCGGGAAACAUCACCAGCAUGAUCUGACCAAAGAAGACAUCGCCGCCGAGCUGGCCGACGUGUUCGAGGGCGGCGACGGCUACACCGCUCGCGAAGUAUGGCGCCUGCGAUGGAAGCUGGACCUUCGCCUGAUCCCCAUUCUCUGGUUCAAUGUCCUCCUGCCCGCCAUGGACAAGGUCAGCCACGCCACCGCCGCGCUCUACGGCCUGAAGACGGACUUGAACCUCGUCGGCAACCAGUAUUCGUGGAUUGGCAGUAUCUUCUACUUCGGCUACCUGGUCUGGUGUUUUCCAUCUGGCUCGCUGCUCCAGAAGCUGCCCAUUGCCAAAACCAUGUCGGUCGCCAUGAUGCUGUGGGGCAUCUUGCUGAUCGGAUCCGGCUUCGUCAAGACCUUCUCUCAGCUGAUGGCCUGUCGAUUCCUGCUCGGCUUGUUGGAAGCCCCCAUCGUGCCCGGCAACAUGUUGAUCUUGUCCAUGUGGUACACACGACCGGAGCAAGCCCUGCGCUACGGACUCAUGUAUACUGGUCUUUCCACCUGUUUCACCGGUCCCAUUGGCUACGCCAUCGGAGCCAUCAAAACCACCCACUUUCACAUCUGGCAGAGCUUCUUCUGGAUCUGCGGAUCCAUGACAUUCGCCUACGGGAUCGUGGUGGGCAUCUUCCUCCCCGACAACCCGGUCUCAGCCAAAUUUCUCAAAGAGAGGGAAAAGGCCAUUGCAAUUGACCGCGUCCGAGUCAAUCAGACGGGUAUCGAAAACAAGACUUUCAAGAAGGAACAGUUCAUCGAAGCCCUCCUCGACAUCCGCGUGUGGCUCAUGUUCCUCUUCAACAUCUGGAUCAGCAUUCCCAACGGCGGGCUCACCAACUUCUCGCCUCUGAUCGUCAAAGGCCUGGGCUACAGCUCCCGCCGGGCUGCGCUCCUGACCAUUCCCAACGGGGUCGUCCAGACCUUCUCCAGCUACAUCUGCAACGGGGGUGUCUUCCUGGCCGCCAAGUACCUGCCCCAAUACCACCUCCGCGGCGUCGCCGUCAUGUUCGGCAUCAUCGUCGGCAUGAUCGCUGCCGUCUUCCUAUACACCCUCCCAUUGACCUCCUACCACAGCCGACUCGCGGCCAUGUACAUGUCCUUCUUCUAUCUGGGUCCAUACAUUGUCUGCCUGAGCCUGGUGGGCGCCAACACAGCGGGCCACACCAAAAAAGUCACCGUCAACGCGAUGAUGUUCAUCUCGUACUGCGUGAGCAACAUCAUCUCGCCUCAGUUCUUCAUCGCCGACCAAGCGCCCCUGUACCCACUCGGCACCGGCGCCAUUCUGGGCUCCUACGGGCUGUCCCUCAUCACCAUCGCCGUCUACAUGUUUCUAUGUUACUGGGAGAACAAGCGCCGUGACGCUCGCGACGCCGCCGCCGGCGCCGUCGUCCAUCCCGACACGGAUUUCAAGGAUCUGACUGAUAAACAAAACCUGGCCUUUCCUUCUGACUCUGCUCAACAGCACUUCCGAUAUGUUUGGUAA